AUGUCUGACGUACGCUUCCGCCAGCCGCUAAUGGUCAUGGGCCUGAUGCAGUUGGCACUUGGACUAAUCAUAACCGCUAGCGGAGUCUUCGUGUAUGUCAACUGCCAUCAUUACCUGCACGUUAAUCUGGCACUGUACAUCGGUCCGAUUCUCGUCCUGUUUGCGAUUGUUCCACUGCUGGCUGCACAUUUCGAAGGGGCCCUCGCUGGCCUACUUGGUCUCUUUGCAUUCUUCUCGAUUCUGAUUGCGUUCGCGGGAUUGGUCAACGGUAUAAUCGGUGUGCAAUGCGAGUUUCAAGGCAAGUAUCCUCGCGAAGGCACCGUUGAUGCUUGCAACGCUUGGAUGAACUAUGUCGCAGCCAGCUGUAAGACAGAUGAGGCUGAGAUAGGUAGUCAGCUCCGGGACCCUGCCGCUUACCAAUACGUGAGUACUGAUAUUGUGAAUCCUGGAUGA